AUGUCUCGAACAGACGUCUCUUUCAAGACUUCCGACGCAGUCACCCUCCGCGGGUGGUUCUUCACCCCCAGCUCUUCGACGGGGGCCACGAAACUGCCAUGUCUGAUUCUUACCCACGGCUUGUCGUGCAUCAAGGAAAUGGGCCUGUCAGAGCUGGCCACCAAGUUCGCCGAGGAACUGCAGAUCACCUGCCUCGUGUACGACCAUCGAGGGUUCGGCGCCUCAGACGCCGCCCCGGGACAGCCCAGGCAGGAGGUCAUCACCUGGCUGCAGAGCAACGACAUGCGUGACGCCAUCACGUACGUGCAGACCCGGGAGGAGGUGGACAGGUCCAAGAUCGCGCUGUGGGGGUAUUCCCUCUCCGCGGCCGAGGCUGUGUAUGUCGCGGCGACGGAUCGACGGGUCAAAGCGGUCGUCGCGCUGGGCCCGGGGAUGGACGGGACCGAGAUCGUGAGGAGGAUGGCGCCGCCUCACGCCGUGUUGGCCAUGCAGGGCAUGUUUGAGAUGGAUCGUCUUGCGCGGGCCGAAGGGAAGGAUCCGAUCACCGUGCCCGUGGUGACCAACCAGCCCGGGGUGCAGGCGACGUUGCCGAGUCAGGAGUCGUGGAAUUUCUUCUCUCAGUGGGAGGCCAACGGGUCGAGUUGGAAGAAUGAGUUGACCCUACGAAGUCUUGAGGAUGUCUCAACGUUUGCCCUUCCCGUCUCACAUCUCGACAACUUGACUCCGACGCCCGCUCUGUUCGAAGUGGCCUCGAGGGACACCAACAGCCCUCCCGACAUGACCAUGAGGUGGUACGCGAAGCUGAGUGAGCCCAAGGACCUGGUUCUGGUGGAUGCGGAUCAUUACGAGUUGAUGGGUUCGGCGAGGGACAUCUUGCAUCCCAAGGAAGUGGCGUUUCUCAAGAGGACGAUCUGCUCGUGAGAUAAUUGUGGUCAGAGGCCGAAAGGGAGGGGGGAAAGAGAGGAAGAGAAAGGAAGACUUUGGAUUGUCCGUCGGUUUCCACCUGUUGCGGGAUGCUUUUGGCUCGGCGAGGUUGCGAGGCUGCGAGGCUGCGAGGGCAGGC